AAUUUGCAGCUUUUAUUGUGAAGGCCAUGACAGGAAUUUCAUUCUUUAACAUUGAUCCCAUUAACUUUACAAUGACUGGCUUUUCGUGAAACUUUUGGAGCUCUGCAGAAAACCUCAGGUUGUUUCCUUUCUCAUCGAAAAAAUUGCAAACCAGCACGAUGGCAAAUGAAGCCAAACCAUGCCCCUGUGAUAUUGGUGAUCGGAUGGACUAUGGGGGUGUCGGCCAAGAAGUCCAGAUAGAGCACAUCAAAGCUUAUGUAGUGAAACCAUCCUCUGCAUCAGACAAGGCCAUUAUUGUCAUACAAGACAUCUUUGGAUGGCAGCUUCCCAACACCAGAUACAUGGCUGAUAUGCUGGCUGCCAAUGGAUACAUUGCUGUUUGUCCAGACUUCUAUGUUGGAAAGGAGCCGUGGAGUCCGACACAUGACUGGUCCAAAUUUCAGGAGUGGCUUGAAGACAAAAAGCCAACAAACAUUAAUAAAGAGGUGGAUGCAGUGCUGCGGUACCUGAAGGAGCAGUGUGGGGCCAAACACAUCGGCGCAGUGGGCUUCUGCUGGGGAGGGGUCGCCACACAUUACCUUGCCCUGCAGUAUCCAGAGAUCAGAGCUGGCGUGUCAGUUUAUGGAAUCGUCCGUGAAAGAGAGGACAGAUAUGACCUAAAGAGUCCUACACUCUUCAUCUUUGGGGAAAAAGAUGACGUUAUCCCUCUGAACCUGGUGAGUGUCCUUGAAGCAAAGCUGAGUGAGAAAUGCACAGUGGAUUACCAGGUGAAGAUCUUUCUCGGUCAGACUCAUGGGUUUGUUCACCGCAAGAGAGAGGACAUCAACCCCACCGACAAACCGUACAUCGAAGAGGCCAGGACAGACAUGCUGAACUGGCUCAAAAAGUACAUGUAGAUAAGGUCGGACUUAUCAACACGUGGAGUAAAGGGACUUAGUUACACCUAGUGUAACAUGACUCUCACAAAUGGAGCUUGUGUUCUGUGUUUCUACACAGGAUGAUGUGAAAACAGUUGUUUUACAUUUAUCUGAUCUGACCCUUUAUUUCAGAGGUCUGUAUGUUUAUGUAUGAACCUAAAUGUGAAUUUUAAUUGUGAAGUCAAAACUAUUUAGCACUUUUGCCUUGUGCCAAAAACAAAUAUGCAGUAUGUUGUCUUGUUCAUGUAAGAACACAAGGAGUAACAUUCAUAGAAUGUGCUUUGUAAAUUACUUCUCACACAUCAGCAAUUUAUUGUGUGAAGUUUU